AGUCAAUCAUAUUGUCAACUAAAGAUUCAUAUCAGGGCAAAAACAAAAGUAGCAUUUAUACAAUACACCGAGAUCAAGAGCGGAUUCCUACCGCAGAUGAGGUCGCUCACUGUCAGGUGUGAAAUAUGACCCAUCGAGUUACUGGCAACCAGAUCAUACGUACACGACUGGUUCCUUCCUUGAUUUAACACUUGCUACUAGCAGGUCAUCUUCAGUUAUAUCUCGGCAUCUGAUGCGAGAGAUUCUUGCAGCCAAGACACCAGCUUGUUCCGUGUCGGGACCAGAUUCUAGGAGCACACGCGUGUGUCAGUGAAUGUGAGUCGUACUCGAGUAAUCUUCUGGUCUACUUAAGAAGUGCUUGAGAUCGUGUCUAACCAAGCUAAUGAAAACAUUAAGACUUAGACACGCGUCACAGGAGGUUCGUCGUUCAGUUCGGUGUAAGAGACAAGGACGGUUACAGUUUCCAGAGAGGAUAUGGUAGUGCAGACGAUAUCAAUGACCUUACUGUUCAGAAGAAGAGAAUUUAUUUGAGAAAGAUUCGACAGAUAGAAACUUGCUCAUCCAAUCCGCUCGUUGUACGUUAACACCGGACUGUAUGAUCGGCUUUAUUUAUCCUUCUCCAUGGACUCAAUGUGAACCCGUUUACCCGCAUGUGUAACUGUGACAAGAUUUUCGAGAGCAAAAUCGAGACUAACGAACUGAAUACAUUACUGCCUUAUCAUCUGGAUAACGGACCUCUACACUUCUGGUACGAAAUUCGAGAGAAAAUGCUCGAAUGGUGUGUCGGAUCAAUGAACGCGACCCAGAAAUGAUUUUAUAGCGGAAAAUAAUGUUCUUGAAUAACAACGACUACCAACAUAUGUCUCACGAAACUUCAUCAGAUGGCUAUACAUCACCUAGGGUGUCUUCACCCGGUAGUCGCGAUAAUUCGAUAGUGGCCAGUCCAUUCUCCAACGCAUCAGAUGCUGGAAUGUCAUCGCAAAGAUAUGCUCCAAGUAGUUCCUACAGGAACCUUGAAUUCUGCUGCAAUAACAACAACUUUUAUAGCGACAAAUACGACUGCAAUAGGUACCUGUAUCUCUCUUCAAAUUCCCUGGUAUAUCAGGGUAGACAAAACGAUAAGAGGGAUAACAAAAAAACCAAGAAAAAAAAACAGAGUCAAGCAGGCAUGGACAUUAUGAAGAAGAGGAGAUUGGCAGCGAAUGCAAGGGAAAGAAGGAGGAUGACCAGUUUGAACGAUGCUUUCGACAGAUUGAGAGAUGUUGUACCUUCUUUAGGUAACGACAGGAAGCUAUCGAAAUUCGAAACUCUUCAAAUGGCUCAAACUUACAUAGCUGCUCUGUAUGAGCUCCUACAGAGAGAUUAAAGGUGGUUUCAUGAAAUAUCUCAGAAACUCUCGAAGAUUCUUCAUCAAAGGUGGAUAUACAGAGUGAGUAAAAAGGAACGCCCAAAAUUCGUAUUUCGGUAUUUACUAUCUUGUAGAAGAAUACUGCGACAGUUCAAGUUGUAUGUGUUAUUGAGGAGUUGAACCUUCUAUUAGAGGUGGAGGAUAUACUGGAGUCUUUUUUUAAUAGGACAAAAAAUUUGCUGAGGAAUGAAAUUUUUAUCAACUCUCUUUCAAUUUAGAGAUGAAAUGGAUUAAUC